AUGCACAAUGGACAAUAUGUCUUUGCUCAUGAGCCAGUAAGAAUUCUCUGCUUUGAAUAUUUGCAUGGUGGAAACCUCGAGAGUUACCUUUCUGAUGAGGAGCCAUGCAGUCCUGAUUGGCAGACAUGUUAUAAAAUAGUUAAGGGACUGUGUGAAGGUUUAAAUUAUCUUCAUAACGGGCAUAUUUACCAUCUAGACAUCAAGCCCACAAAUAUAUUGCUGGACACCAACAUGAUGUCGAAAAUUGGAGAUUUUGGUAUAUCAAGAAUCUUUCCUUCAACACAAACCAUUACCACGGCAACAAUGAUGGGGACAAUGGGAUACAUACCACCAGAAUUUAUCAAAAAACAAGAAAUCUCACCAAAAUAUGACGUGUUCAGUUUGGGUGUCAUAAUAAUAAAUAUAAUGGCAGGACGCCAGAGCUAUUAUGAUUGUGGAAUUGUUCCUUCUGAAAUGAUCAUUGAGCAUGUAUGUGAUAAAUGGCAAAGAAGGCUACAUUCAACAAUGUCGCCACAAACAUGGCAAGAAGUAAUCGAGACUUGCAUCAGAAUAGCAUUCAGAUGUGUGGAAGAUGACCGACAGAAAAGACCCCUUAUAAGAGAGAUUGUUGAUGAACUCAACAGGAUUGAUAUUAAAACAAUGUCACUUACAUACGAGGUAUUGAAAAUUUUGUGA